AUGAGCUGCGAUCUGAUACCAGGACGAUAUUGGCUGGCCAUGUUCUGGGCUGGCGGUCCAAACAACGAAGAGUUGAAUGAGGUCACCUACUACUUGCGCCAAUCGGUCACCGCCGCACUCUCCAGCCUCUCAACUCGGCAGCUGGCAGACGUACUGGCUGACCAGCCCCGCAUUUCUUCAGGGUCUGGAUCGCCAUUGGUCUACGAUGAUCCCUGGAGUGUGGACUGUCCGGCCCUUUUCGCGCUCCGUGAAUUUGGCGAGUUGGCUUUGCCAGAUGAUCAGGAGGAGGAUGAUGAAGAGGAAGAGAAAGCGGCGUCCGCUGACGGCGCUGACUACGAGGUGCUUGGUGGUGGAGCUGCUGCCAGGUCCGGAGGUGCCGGAACGAACUCGGAUGCCAGAGGCAGUGGCAGUGCUGUCGUCGACCUACUCAAUCCUCUGGCCAGCUGUCCACGUCGUCGCUUCUGGCAUACAGCGACGCAGGCCUCGGACGGAGCCAUUUAUGUGAUCGGCGGCCUCUACACACCCGACCUGCAGUUCGCCUCGGGCCGAAUCGAGCGCUUCCGCCUCGCCAUGCCUCUUCGCCUCGAGCAGAGCUGUCUCCGUGGUCUGGCCGGCCAGUUGGUAAGCUGGGCGCAUUGGAGAGAGUGUGCUCAGGCGCGUUGCCUUCAGGCCGGCGCGGAUCUCUCGGCCGCCGCCAGUGACUCGGGCGGGCCCUUUGGCAGAGGUACCAGCGGCACUGGGGCCUCGGCGACAACGCGGCGAAUGAAGGGGCUGCUGCGGAGUGCCGCCAACCUGUCGUCCAGAUCGCUGUCAGCCUCGGUCUCUUCAAGCAACGUCUUGCUGCAGCAUGCUGUUUAUCGUCACUUUAUUCGGUCCCUUUCGGCCAGGUCCUUACUGCCCAGCUCCUGUUGCCAAGCCAAACAUGUGGCAGGUUCCAACACCAAAUCGUCACUGGUGAAGCCUCGAGUCUGCCAGAUGGAGACGGAUGACCAGGAUCCUGAUUCAAGGAUUGAGGACGGA